CAGUGACAUCCAGAUAUUUAUGUGCAUAGCACUCGUAACGACUGAAGAUGCUUGUCGCAGCCGUACUUUUUAGAACACUGAUUUUCCCGCGUUACAUCCACGCUGCUGAGUUGUGUAACCACUAUGAAAAUGUCACCGAGCCAGUGCAAGACUGUCGUUUGCAGGAGAGAACGUGGCUUAUCUCGGAAGAGAUUUCAGUCGGAGGAUAUGAAGAGGAUAUGGUUGAACUAACAAAAAGCGAAUUUGUUGAAGAUAUUGAAGCCUACUGCAGAAACGUUGUCCCUAAGUACAAGAAAUGUAUUCAAGAGAACAGCAUGUUGCAAGGUUGUGGACAAUCUGAAGAUAUAUCUCAGCUGACAACAGGCUGGUUGUCUAUUUACUGCAAUGGAGAACAUCUUGCUGACUGGCUUAAAGAAUAUGUAACAUAUGGCUUCAACUACAAACACGCUUGCGGAAACAACAUAAGUACCGUGUGCUAUAUCAAUCGCGCCUUCCUAUCAAGCGUUAAAAAAGAAGCAGUCAAGACAGUAUAA